ACCGCGGGACCCAGGAGCUCCAAAAAGAUGUGGGUGUUUGGUUACGGGUCCCUGAUCUGGAAGGUGGACUUCCCCUACCAGGACAAGCUGGUUGGGUACAUCACAGACUACAGCAGGCGCUUCUGGCAAGGCAGCACUGACCACCGCGGGGUCCCGGGCAAGCCUGGAAGAGUCGUGACUCUUGUUGAAGAUCCUGGGGGUUGUGUAUGGGGUGUUGCUUAUAAACUGCCAGUAGGAAAAGAAGAAGAAGUAAAAACAUACCUUGACUUCAGAGAGAAAGGAGGCUACAGAACCAUAACAGUGAUCUUUUAUCCAAAAGAUCCCACAACAAAACCAUUCAGUGUGUUGCUAUAUAUUGGGACCUGUGAUAAUCCUAAUUAUCUUGGUCCUGCACCUCUGGAAGACAUUGCUGAACAAAUUUUUAAUGCAGCUGGCCCAAGUGGAAGAAAUACAGAAUAUCUUUUUGAACUUGCAAAUUCCAUUAGAAACCUUGUGCCAGAAGAUGCAGAUGAACAUCUUUUCUCUUUGGAAAAAUUAGUAAAAGAACGUUUAGAAGAAAAAUAGAACCUCAUUUACUUACCAAGACCUAGUCAUCGACUUUUCCAAAUUAGCUGAGCUUUUAGUAUUCAGAGAGUAAUUUAAGUGCAUUAUGGCAAUGUGUUUUGAAAAUUUGUAAACUACAUGAAGAUACUAUUUUUAAUGGUGUAGUCAGGAUAUCAACAAAUUUAUAGUUUAACUGCAAGUGUCCAGAAACAUACAUUCAGAAGACUGAAGAAUAUAGAAAGGAGAAAUUCAAGUCUUAAUAGCAUAAUGAUUUCCUAACUAUACGAUAUUGAGCACUUGCUCAUCAGAAUUGAGUUCUUUAGAAAUAAUCUCAAUUCAGUUCUUGUUUUUAUCAGAGUAAAAAGAAUCCUAUUGUUUCAUCUCACAAUACUAUUUUAAUGUUAUAGAGAAGUAAACCAAAGUAAAUACAAUAAAAUUACACCUUCAAUAUAUUCCUAUAAAAUCAUUCUGUAACCAUGAUUUAAAAUAUGCAAGCUUAAAAUAAUGUGUGAUUCAAAAUACACAGUAAUAGAG